AAUUCGACCCGUAUGUUUUUUUUUCUUUUUGUGAUUGUUGUAAUUUAUUUGUUUUAGUCGAAUGCGUAUUAUCAGUUUAUUUGCAAGGGCCAAAAGUUUCACCUAUUUAUAUGAUCAUUUGAUUACACCCACAAAAGCAUCUUACCAGUUUCGCAUAGUUCGCAACAUGUGCACCUGCCCACUUGAUUCUGUGCCAAAGGUGGACAUAGAUCCUGAAGGAGUGUUCAAAUACAUACUGGUCAAGGUGUAUGGCAAGGAGAAAAACAAUGAGGAGCCAUCUGUAACGGUUGUAAGAGGAUACAAAAGAUGCAACUAUCACUCGGAUAUUUAUGAUGAGGUGCAAGAAAAACUCCAACCUUUGGAUUGUGAGCCGCUGGGUGGUGGCAGAAUAUCUCAUGAUCCUGGAAAUAAGAAAAUCCAUAUUUAUGGCUAUUCUCAAGGCUACGGCAAAGCAGACCAUGAGGUGGCAGCAAAACUAGUGAAGGAUGCUUAUCCAGAAUACACUAUCACAAUCAGUGAUGAAGGAUACUGAGCUAACUCCACAAAUUAUUUAUUUAUAUGAGGAAUAAGUGUUGUCAAUAGCUGCAUUCUCAUUGCAUAAUUGUAUUAAAAUACUUCUUUUUUCAAAACUAUUAAAUAAAUUGCACAGUUAUGGAAUUCGUGGUAUUGCAAAUGACUGGUUCACAAGUUAUCUCAGUGGCCGAAUGCAAUGUACUAAAAUAAAUAGAUUACAGAAUUUUUAUAAAAAGGAUUUUUUCUCUGACUGUGUGAUAAAUGAUACUGGAGUCCCCCAAGGAAGCAUUUUGGGUCCAAUAUUAUUUUUAUUGUAAAUUAAUGAUCUUCCCGACACAAUACGACACAAAUGUUUACUUUAUGCUGACGACACGACAAUAUUAAUUAAAGCAGAUAAAACUUAUGAUCUUGAAACUGAAAUAAACAACACAAUAAAAACAUUGAUGACAUGGUUAGAUAGUAAUAAUAUGAAAAUAAACAUUGACAAAACAAAUAGGAUACAUUUUAAGACAACUCAAUCGAGAGACAUUAAAUUAAAUAUCCAUUAUCAAAAUAAAUCUAUCAAUGAGGUCGAAACAACUAAAUUUCUAGGUGUAAUUCUCGACAAACACUGCACAUGGAAACCACAUAUCGAUAAUGUGUGCAAUAAACUAGACAGAUUUGUAUUUGUAUUAAAAAGAUUAAAAUACGUUUCAAACAAUGAAGCAAUGAUGUCGGCAUAUUACGGUUAUGUCUCCUCUAUACUAAAUUAUGGAAUUAUUCUCUGGGGGAACUCUGUUGAUUCCGAAAAAGUAUUUAAAAUACAAAAAAAAUGCAUGCGUGCGAUGUGUGGGGCAGGCAGGCUAUAGAGAUAGUUGUAAGCCACUCUUCAAAAAAUUAAAAAUAUUGCCAUUGCCAUGUUUAUAUAUCAAGGAAUUAUGCCUAUUUGUAAAAAAACAUCCUGAUAAUUUUAAGACGCAUGAACAGGUAUUAGAAAAGACUACUCGCCACAAGAACAGAUUGUAUUUGCCCAAAAUUAAUUUAACGUUAUAUAAAAGAAAUGUAUUUUGUAUGGCUAUAAGAGUUUUCAAUAAACUGCCAGCUUAUAUACAGGGAGCUUCUAUGCCUGAAUUUAGAAAUGUAUUGCACAAGUGGCUGCUCGAUAAAUGUUUCUACUCUGUAAAUGAGUUUUUUUAGAAUUAAAUAAUUGUGAAAUUUUAUGUAUUAAUAUUGGUUGUGUGUUAUUUUAUGUAAUUGACAUUUAAUUGUAAUGAUUAGUAUAAUUGGAUUGUUGAAAUGACUUUUCAUAAGAUUAUUAAUAUUUUGACAUGUUCUCCUAAUUAACUUUCACAUGCCAGUCAUGGCAAGGUACACUGUAACGAAAUUGAUUAUUUACAAACAUCUAAUGGACGUGUAUUUCUGUGAAUAAAUGAAUUUGAAUUUUGAAUUUGAAUUUGAAUUUUAUUAAUAGGUACUCUGAAAAUGAACUUAGUUUUCUGUAUUAUUUUUUAAAAUAAAAGUAAAACCAUAGUUGAA